AUCUCUUACAAAAAAAAAAUGGCAAGCAAUAUGGAAGUGUUCUGCGAGAUCUUAAUAGCGGUCCUUCUUCCUCCUCUUGGAGUCUGCCUCAAGCGUGGCUGUUGCACUCUAGAGUUCUUGAUAUGCUUGGUGUUGACUAUCUUAGGCUACAUUCCAGGGAUAAUCUAUGCUAUUUACGUGAUCGUGUUUCAGAACCGUGAAGGGGAGACUCAGGAUUACAGCCCACUCAACUCAGCUUGAGAUUUAUCUGUUGGUCCAUACAAUAUGUUACUCUUAUGUAACCAUUCAAUAAAGUUGAUUUGCAAUCUCUUCUGUUUCCUUAUCACGUAUAUUCAAGUAUAUGCCAUUGUAAUCAAAUAGUCUUUUCUAGUAUGACCCAUUACGCUGCUGUCCAAACUCAGGCCUUUUAGGCCCACUUUAGUUUACUUACACAUGUCACACGCUGG